AUGGGCAAAUACAAGUUCAAAAUUUCAGAUAUGAUCUCAAGUGCAUGGUUUCACAAGCUCAAAGACAUGACUAAGCAGUCCAAACCCAAAACCAAACCUUUUUCUUCUUCUUCCUCUUCCUCAAACACUUGUAACAAGAAGAGCCCCUCCUCUUAUUCUCUUCCUCAUCAUUCCUCAACCUCUCAUUUUUCCAUCAGCUUAGUAGCUAAAAGUCCUCACCAUAACUCACCAAGAAACUCUCUUCACAGAAAAAGGAUGAGUGAAAGAAAGACACUUUACAAACCAUCUCUUAAACCAAUCAGUCCUUUUGCAUCUCCAGGUUUUAGCAAGAACAAGAUCAACAGUCAAGAUUCAUCUCACUGCGCGUUUCCACCUCUUGAAAGGUCUCGAGAGUCUUUUGUGUAUAGUCUCUACGAAGAGGAGGAUGAUGAAUUCGUUGAUCCUUCCAAUUUCACCAAGUACAAGGUCAAGGAGUCUGGUUCCAUAGAGAAAUCUUGUCCUGCAAGUAACCUAUCCAAAAAACCGCUUAAAAGCCAUCUUUCUGUGAAGAUUAACAAAACGAAACAACAAGAAGAUGACCCAUGCAGAGGAGAGAAGAAAUACCAAAAGCAAGUUUCUAGUGGAAGACAUUCGUCAGCAGGGAUAAAUCUCAGAAGAGUAAAUUCACCUAGGAUUCAACUCUCAGGUACGCGUAGAAGCAUGUCGAGAUCACAGAGCAGACAAGUUGUUGUUGAGAGUUAUGCUGUGAUGAAGCGUUCGGUUGAUCCAAAGAUAGAUUUCAGAGAAUCAAUGGUAGAGAUGAUAGAAGAGAACAACAUCAGAGCUUCAAAAGACUUGGAGGAUCUUCUUGCUUGUUAUCUUUCAUUGAAUGCAAAGGAGUAUCAUAAUCUUAUCAUUCAGGUUUUCGAGCAAAUCUGGCGUCAACUUACACAACACAAGUAA